AUGAUUUUACUGAUUUAAGUUUUUGAAAUCACAAGUAUUGCUGAGAAAAUAAUUGGACUGUUUGGGUUGGUUAUUUUAGGUGUAAGAAGUGCAUUAAAAUACUAUAGUAACAGAAAGAUAAAUAAGAUAAUGAAAGAAUCUUCCAAAAUGACUUGUGAAUUGAUAUAGAAUAUGGAUAAUAAUGCAAUAUCAACCUUUUUAGAAACGCAAAACUCUUAAUUUAAAAAUUUUAAAUUAAAAUGA